GUAGUUGACUUGUAUGCGGCGCUCCGGCGUGAGAAAAGCCUGGACAGACAGAGAGAGAGAGAGAGAGAGAAAGAGAGACGCGCCGUGAAACACUGACUGUGUGUGUUGCACACACACGCACGCACGACGAACAACGAACCACGUCGAGCAAGCACCUUUUUCGAAAAAAAGCCCGAGGUGCGCGACGGAUGCACAUCGCCUACUGUGAAUUUACGCGAGAAGCCGAAACCGAGUAGUGCCGGCCGGGACGAGAGAUUCUGUGCGCGACGCAACUCACUGCACCUGCUGCUGCUGCUGCUGCUGCUGCUGCGAUCCAUCGCACCUCGCUCGAUCGACACAGAGAGAGAAAGCACAACACCGCGCGAGAUCGAGCGAGAGGACGGAUCCGGAGACGCGCAGAGUUGAGUGAUAAGAGAGACGGUUGUUUUUGCCCCCGCGUUCAACCCGAGAAGCACUCCACGAGUUGACACUGCGAGGGAGAGAGAUUUCACUUCCACGGAAAAGCUCUGCUGAGAAAAAGGUGAGUUACCCGCAGAGAGGUCGCAGUCGAGGACACGUGGCGACAUGGCGGCGCUGAGUUCCGGGCCCUGCCGACCCGGGAUCAUCCUGUACCUGGCUCUCGUCAUUCUAGCCGCUAGGAGCACGCAUUCCGCGCCGGUGUACGAAACCGACUCCACACAGGUCGCCGAGUAUGAGGGAGGUGCAGCGAGCGGAUGCUACUACAACUUCCAACACUACCAAGAAGGCGCGCGGAUCAUCACGAACGAGCCGUGCCUGAACUGCACGUGCCACAACCGAAUGCUGAUGUGCUACCUGAGGGUGUGCCCCUUCUCCAAGGCGAUAGGUCAGGACUGCAAGGUGGAGAAGCGCCCGGACCAGUGCUGCCCGGUCAUCACCUGCCCGGACCUGCCCGUCCAGUUGCUCACCUCGACCACGAGCUCGCCCUCCUCCCCCGCGGCCGCCUCCACCGAGCUCGGCUUCCCCGACUCCUACGGAUGCAACGUCAACGACAAGUUCUUCGCCGACGGCGCCCAGCUGCCCGUCGACGCCAACAACCCCUGUGAGCUCUGCUACUGCAUCAGGAACAAGACCACCUGCCUCAUGCAGCAGUGCACGCUCUCCGUCGCCGGAUGCAGGCCCGUCUACCAGCCCGGAAUCUGCUGCCCCGUCAAAUACAACUGCGAGUACGACGAGGAAAGCCUGGCUGCCACGACGCCCGGCCUGAUAAUGACGACGACGAUGGCCCCGGGCACGGCGCCUCCCCAGUGCCACCACGAGGGCAAGAUGUACGAGGACGGCGAGCUCAUCUACACGAUACAGCCCUGCCAGCACUGCUACUGCUUCCACGGGGAGAUCCUCUGCGCGGUGCAGGAGUGCGGCAAGCCCAUGGAGUCCCACGGCAAGAACUGCACGGCCCUGCCGCCGCUCGACGGCGAGUGCUGCCCGACCACGUAUCAGUGCGAGGACGAUUUCGGAAACAUCGCGACGGAGAUUCCCGAGAUCGCCGACAAGAAGGACGCCACCGAGCAGCCCGAGGCCCAGAAGGAGUCGUUCCCCGGAGCCGACAACGCCAUUCCCGAAGAGAUACCCACCACCACCGAGAGGCAGCAGACGGUGUCGCAGCUCGGAAACGAGGUGCCCGAGUCCGAGCCGACCAAGGCCAGCGUCACCGAUGAGGUUCAAGCCACGACCGCCGAGCCCGAGAGCGAUGUCGCCGUCGAUUCGACGGACGCCCCGCAGCCCGAAAUCAAGGCGGCCGAGCCCGACCACUCCGAGGCGACGCCAGAGUCCGAGCUCACGUCCGCCACGGUGGUCGACGAGGCUUCCGAAAAGCCGACCGAGAGCGAGAAGGUACUGCCACAGGCUACGGAAGAGCCUGAGAACCCGUCGACGGAAGCCUCCAGCGACCUUCCGCCGAGAAUAGCCGGACAAGAGGACGCCGAGGAGGGGAAGGAGAAGCCAACGGAGGCCAGCCUUGCUCCGGAAGACACGACGCAAUCGAAAACUUCACCUGCCCAAGAAGAAGGAGAGAUCAGCCCGUCGAGCGUCGAGGCGGCAGCCCCGACGGAAGCCAACGCAGCAGCGGUCGACGAGGCCGAGACGACUGUUGCGCCUCGAGUUGGAGACGACGAAACUUCGCCAGCCGACGACGAGCUGACCAGCGCGGUAUCGACGGAGAAACAAGCCACGGAGCCAGAACAGCCGACCAGCGCUUCUUCGAUCUCCGAAGAAGAUAUCGUUGACACGACCCCAGCGGAAGCCUUCCCGGCCGAAAAAUCAGAAGAGCACACGGCACCGGUCGACGGAGCCACCGAGAAAUCUAGUGAAAUUUCUAGUCCAGACAGCGAAACGAUGACGGAAGAAGCCGUUAGCAAGGACGUAACAGAGUCCACGCUUUCUUCUUCCAGCACAGAAGCAGCGAAGUCAGAUCUCUCUACUGAAACUGAUCAACUCAGCACAAUCAAACCUACUCCCGAAAGCACCCAGGACAAGGAAGACGAGCUCACGACCGUGAGUCAAGAAACUGUGACUGCCAGUCCCGAAGAAGACAAGCCGGAGGAGACCGUUUUCGACAUCACUCCCGAAGGCUCCACUAGCUCCAGUGUCGACGAGGAAGCCGGCAAGACUGCCGAGCCAAUCGCCACCGACGCUCCUCCAGCGGUAUCUGCUGGUGAAGACGAGAAGCCAGAGGGAGGCGAUGCCGAAGUCACUCCCGGAUCUACGACAGUAGCAGCUUUGGAUGAGGAGAGCAAACCUAAGGAGGCCGUUCCCGAGGUCACUCCUGAAAGCCCCAUUGACGAGGAAGCCGGCAAGACUGCCGAGCCAAUCGCCACCGACGCUCCUCCAGCGAUAUCUGCUGGUGAAGACGAGAAGCCAGAGGAAGGCGAGGCCGAGGUCACGCUAGGAUCUACGACGGUAGCAGCUUCCGAUGAAGAAGGCAAGCCUAAGGAGACCGUUCCCGAGGUCACCCCUGAAAGCUCCACUGACUCCAGCACUGAGGAGGAAGCCGGCAAGACCGCCGAGCCGAUCCUCACUGACGCUCCUCCAGCGGUGUCUGCUGGUGAAGCUGAAAAGCCAGAAGGAAGCGAUGCCGAAGUGACUCCUGAAUCUACGACGGCAGCGGCUUCAGAUGAAGAGAGCAAGCCCAAGGAGCAAGAAAGUUCGACUCCCGAAGAGUUGCUAUCGGCAUCGACUCCAUCGGCUGUUGAUGAAGCUUCUGAGAAGUCAGGAACGGAUGAAACUUCGCCAGAAUCUCCCAAGGAGGCUACUCCAGAGGACAAUGUUGAAGAACCCAAAGCACCGGAACAAGGACCUACUGGAAUUCCGAUCCCAGAUAGAGUACCUGAGCACAAAGCCGAGGACAAAGAUGCUGUAACUGACUCUGCGGUCACCGAAGGAUAUCAACCCACGGGAAGUGGAAUACCACAUAAAGUAGACAGCUUGCUUACGGAAGCACCAGAAUCCGGCCCUACCACGUACCUACCUCCUGCAGGCACCAGUACGGAAGAACGACAGCCAUCCACCCCACUGUACGAAGCUCUACCUAAAGAAGACGAAGUGGAAGGACAAACUACAGAGCUGUCCAUUACACCUAAAGCUCCUUCCGAUAAAACAACUGUCGGUGCUCCCGACGAAGUAGGCCCUACUGAAGAUGAAUCCGAGAUCAAGAAAGAGCCAUCAGAGACAAGCACUGGUCAGCCUGAGGAAGAAAAUCCAAUUGAUGAGGAGUUGACGUCUGCCAAAACAUCCAGCCCAGAAGCUAGUUCGACAAGCUCACCAGUAAUCGACGAAGAGAGCGAUGUAGCUGGUACCGAGACACCCACUGAGGAACUUUCAGUAGACGAAGCUACACCAUCAGCCGUUUCUACGGAAAAAUCUUCGCCUAAGAAGGACGACGAAGAGGAAGGUAAACCGGAAGUUAGCGAAGGCUCUAUUUCUGAAGAACCUACAACUGCCUCUGGCCAGGAGGAAGUUCCGACGAUGCCAACAUCUGACGUGGAGAAGAGCGACGACCAGAAGACUCCAGAAGCAGAAACUCCUGAGCCUACAAAGGCUUCUGACGUUGACAUUUCAACUCCGGAAAUAGAGGCUGCCUCGACCGAUAAACCAGAAGAUUUCUCUGCAAGUUCGUCAACGGAAAAACCAAGUGAGCCGGAAUCCACUGUUGAAUCCGAUGUAACGCCUAUUCCAGCAGUAAGCAGUGAGGAACCAGAAUCCGGAAGCGACGUUGAGCAUUCAACCGAUAUGCCUGCAAGUUCCACAGAAUCGGCACCUAUCGACGAAACAUCGGUAGAAACAACUGAAAUUCCAAGUGCCGGCGAAUCUGAACCAAGCAAACCUGCAAGUCCUGAAGAGACUUCAGAAGCCAGUACUGAAGCAAGCAAAGAUGUUGAGCAACCAAUUACAGACAGCACUACGCAACCAAUCGACAAAGUUCAGCCGGUCUCUGAUCAAACAACGGACGAAACUAAAGAAGAGAAACCGACUGAACCAUCGGUAGAAACGGGAGACCAGACUUCUCCAUCUAUCGAAACAAAACUUAAUGAUCAAGAAACGCCGAAAGAAACGCCCACUACUGAGUCUGCUAUUGAAAGUAAACCAUUCGAAGAUAGAUCCGAUGCUACUAUGCCACCAGCACCAGAAUCAGUACCAACGAGUCAUCCAGAAACUGGAUCAGUCACUGACGAACUGAUGUCUACAGUAGACACAUCAGAAGAAUCUACCGAAGACCAGUUUGGCAAGGAUGGUGACUCCAGUCAUUCAACGGAAGCUACUGUGGCGAGUAGCCUUGCUCCAGAAGUUGAAGUUGAAAUGUCGACACCUUCGGACGAACGUCCAUCCGGUAUCCCAGGCGAAGGCAAUUGCCUUGUAGACGGUCAAUCUUACACCAAUAAUUCAGUCAUUCCUCCACCAGACUCUUGCCAUCUCAAUUGUCGAUGCAUCAGCAGUCAAGUGAAUUGCGAGAAGGUACAAUGUUCACCACCACCCGCUGACGUGCCUAACUGUACUCCUGUAUUCGAGCCAAACGCGUGUUGUCCAAUGUACACGUGCGAAUCCACUCCAAGCGUUCAGCCUGAAGCGGAUAAUCAAAUGUCCGAUCAUCAUACGUCAACUUCUUCUGAUGACAACGUAACUCCAACAACACAAAAGGUAGCCGUGGAUGAAUCCACCGAUGCCACAGAGAAAACACCAAGCAAAGACGAAGCUGAGCCAGAGAUGAUGACAACCACGCCAUCUGUUAAAUCAGAGCCGGAAUCUACACCAGAAGAACCUGAAUCUGGCAAAGAAAAUAUUCCGACAUUGUCUCCUGUUGGCGAAGAAAUCAGCUCUUCAGUCGUUCCAGAAAGUACUUCGACUUCUACAGAAGCUGAGAUGUCCGUGAAGGGUGCCGAAGAAGAACCUUCUACUCCUGAAGACGAUAAGAGCAAGGUUGACGAAGAAAAGCUGUCGACUGUAACCUCUGAGACACCUGAGUCUGAAGAAGAAGGAGUAUCUGAAACAACUUCAUCUAUUCAAACUUCAUCAACUGAAGCAACAGAGGAGGACAAGAGUAAACUUCCAGAAGAAGAGAUUGCGACUCCAGCAUCCGAAGACACCGUUUCUGCUCAGUCCACAGAGCGUACCGAUGAAUCUCCUAAACCAGAAGAUGAUUCGGCUGGUUCAGUGGAACCUUCUCCAAGCCCAGAAGCAACUAACGCUCCGGAAGAGGAUGUUACUACAACUCCUUCUAGCAAAUCAACCGAAUUGGAAGUUGAAAAGGCAGAACCAACCGAACCCGCUCAGGAAGUUGAAACCACAGAGAAACCUAAAGAUACUGCCCAACCAGAUGAAGAAGCAACUCCAACAGGCGCUCCUCUGGAACCUGUUGAUGCUGAAACACAGAAACCAAUCUCGGAAUCUGGCGAGGCAUCGACUACAUCACCUGCAUCGCCGGAAUCAGAACUGACCUCUGCGGAUACUUCUGAAAGCGCAACGCCAUCGGUAGAAGAACAGACAGAAAAAGUACAAGAGCCUGAAAUCGAAAAGGAGCCUAUAUCUACUGAAGCCAGUUUAGCGUCUAGUAGCGAGACACCUGCUGAACCAAGUGCCACCAAAUCUUCGAUUCCAGAAUCGUCUACUGAAUUAGAUUCCGAAACACAGAAACCAGAAGUUGCUGAAGUUGAACCAGAGGUAACUGUUCCAUCUGUUGAAGAAGCCUCCGAGACUUCAGCAGCUGUCACAGAGCCAACCUCUACUGGCGAAGAAGCUAAGAAACCUGAAGAUACAACCGAAAGUGUGGGAACCGAUAAACCCGAGGACGUAUCAGAAGUUACUGGAAGUACCGAAUCAUCUUCCAAUGUGCCUUCAGUAUCAACUGAAAAGGACCUGACAGUACCUGUUGUUGUCAGUAUUGAAGAUGAACAAGUAUCGUCUUCGGAACCAGCAGUUACUGGUACCUCAGAAGAAGCUACAUCUAAAGCACCAAGUGACGAUGUGACUGCGCCACAUGAGCCAGAACUGACAAGUGUAACAGAAUCAGUUACCGAACAAGAACAAACAUCUUCGGAGGCUUCUAGUACAGCCUCGCCAUCGGACGAGAGCACCCCCGAAGCUAAACCAGUAGAUGAAAACAAACCAGAGGAAACACCGAUUGAAGCUCAGCCAGAGCCAGACACUACCGAGUCUGGAGAGGCGGCAACUGUCAAGAGUAUUGAACAGCCAGAAGUAGAUACGGAAAUGGAGAAGACUACGGAAAAACCAGAAGAGAAGCAACCAGAGGAAGAAAAACCAGAGGAGAAAAUCCCAGAGGAAGAAAAGCUAGAAGAGCAAACACCAGAGGAGGAAAAACCUGAAGAGCAAAAACCAGAGGAGGAGAAAGCAAAGCAAGAUACCACUGAAAGCACGGACGAAGCCACUGGUGAAGCUCAGACUGUGAGUGAAGAAACAAUCACGCUAUCGACACCUUCUGAAGCAGGAGAAUCUGAUGUCAAGGAAAAGCCAACUGAAUCAUUGAUCGAGACGGAGAAGGAAACUUCAGAACCAUCUGUUGAAUUGACUUCUUCGGGAACAAUUGACAGUAAAAUCGGCGUUGAGACUGAAGGAUCCACUGCAGCUGAAGAUCAAGCAGCAGUUACGGAAGCAAGUACGGAGGCCAGUAAAGUCGAUGAAUCUAGUUCGCCGAUUUCUGCGGAACCAACUGACGAAGACCAGAAAUCUCCAGCUCUUGCUGAAACUUCCACUGAGACUCCUGUAGCUAAAGAUAAGAUUGAUGAGCCCGAAGAGGCAACGAGCGAAAAACCGGACGAGGAAAUUCCAUCGCAUGAAGAACUUACAACCGUUGAACCAACAAAGGUUGAAGCGUAUCCCGACGAGGAGACUUCACACGCUCCCUCUGAAUCUCCAGACAAAGAGCUCAUGUCUACUGUGUUUGACAGUAGCGAAGAAACUUCGAGCGAGAGUGAAAAGAAGGAUCUUACGACCGAAGCAGCUAUCUCAGAAACGUCUUCCAGUGAGCCAACAGUUAGCGAGAAACCGGACGAGAAAGAGGAGGAGCCAACUGCGACUGCUGCCUCCGAAGAGCCCACGUCAUCGGACGCUGGCAGUUCAACGAGCGAAGUGCCAACGACGGCGUCGACCGAUGCUGAAGAUCAAAGCACAAAGGCAGCCGUACCAGCGGAUGAACAGUCGAGUGUCGAACCAUCCGAAGCGAUUACUCCUGAAGCUGAUCAAUACCACGUUGAUCAACAAACUGAAGAACCAGCUGCGCCAGGAGCUCCCAGUGAAGAAGAGCAAAAACCAGUCGAAGAUCACACUAGUACGGUACAUCCAGAAACCGUCAAGCCCUACACCCGUCCAGACUUUCCAGACCAACAGAUGCCCGAAACCGACGAUGCCAGCAUUUUCCCGCCGGACGGUGCCGAUAUCAAGGAUCAAUUCAACCCCGACGAAGCCGAACCCGAAACAGACGACUACGACGACCAGGCAGUUUACGGACCCGGCACUUGCCGAUACGGAGGCAAAAUUUACAUGUCUGCUCAGCAGAUUCCUCGUGACGAUGCUUGCGAUUUCUGCUUCUGCUUCCGCAGCGACAUCAUUUGUCUGCAACAGAGCUGUCCACCUCCGAUUCCAGGAUGUCACGAGGAGCCGAUCGGUGGAUUCUGUUGUCCGAGGUACGAGUGUCCUGUUUCAAUGGCGACAUCUCUUAACAUAACGACAACGACUACGACCACAACGACGACGGUCCCGCCGCACUUCUUGUCCCACGCGUACAAGGGGAGCGCAGUUCGAGGAGGAUGUCAAAUAGGAAACAAGGCGUACCGAGUGGGUGAAGAGAUCAAGUCAAAAUCCGGACCAUGCAUGAGUUGCACGUGCGGAGGCGAUGGUAAGAUGAAGUGCGAGCCCAAGGCUUGCUCGGCGAGCCCGAUGCUGAAGGAGAUGAUAGCUCAUGCUGCUGCCAAGAAGCGGAGGAGAUGAGCCAUCCAGUCGUGGUUCAAUCAAAAAAACUCUGAUCCUCCAGCAUAAGAUGUUGGGGACAUAUACAUAUAAAUAGAAAGUACUACGACAUAACAUGGAAACAGUGCGUGCGUUGUACAAAAAAAGGAAUGAGAGCGAGAUCGAGUGAAACGUGCGGUAACGGUGUGCAUCAAGCGGCCGAAUGAGUGAGUGAACAGAUUAGAACGACUACCUAAUAUAAAUCGCCUUAGACAAAGACAAUUAUUAAAUGGGCGAUCGCGAACUGAGUGGCCAAAACGUAAACGUUUAUAUAUAUAUACAUAUAUAUAUAUAUAUAUAUAUAUAUAUAUAUAUAUAUAUAUAUAUAUAUAUAUAUCGGGAGAGAGAAGUGGAAGUAGAUGGAUCGAUGUUCGAAUGAGAGCGAGGAUCAGAGCGCAUGCGAGUUUGUGGUGCCAAAAUAUAACGGCUAAAUAAUUAUCGAAAAACGAAGAGAUGUGUAAAGUAUAUAAUCUUUAAGGAACAAAGAAAAUGACGGGAAAAUCUUGCGCUGUACCGAUAAUACUUUUGACUUGCAAUAUCAUACGAUUUAACGUUUAACGCGCAGAGAAUGCGAGAGCCGCGAAGGUAUAUAUUAUCAACAUUCUUACGAUACACACCCACACAAGACUUAUGACUGUGCCUUCGUCUGAUGCCUAUUUCCAUCAUCAACGGCAUCAUCGACAAGAAAUCAAAGAUAUAACACACACGCACACAGCCAUAUCCACGUUGCCAGACUUUUUGAAAACAUAUGAAGCGAUCAAACUCGCUAAUAUGCUACGCGAGAAGCCGCGAAAAACAGCGCAAGUCAUGAUUUUUGCACAGUUUUCAGGGUACGAUAUAUUAUAAUGCUAUUUCUUUUUGAUGUUCUUUACACAUUUAACGCAAGCUGCGUUGCCUUGAGACAAGGCCCGCGCGUCGUACUUUUAAUUUUAAAUGAAUCCUUAAGUAUAAUAUACGCACACGACGAACGACGAAACGUUAAACUUACGCAGCAUAAAAUGUUUCUCCUUUAUUAUUAUAAUGUAAAUAUUUUUCAAACUUGUAAUAUUAAAGAAAAGCCAAGUUUAGCGCGAGCAAUACAUAAUAUAGAUGUAAUAACGAAGGAUUAUAACGGGAGAAAGUUAACGUAAUUGAUGACGCACGCGAUGCGCAGGUACAUAUAAGAAUAUAGUGUGCGAGAGAAGAAAAUUUGAUAAAAAAAACGUACGCGCAAUUUCAAAGCUCAAAAAAAGGCGGCUCGCACGGAGGACCAAGGGCAAACUGAGGCUGCUUGCUUCUCCGGCGAGCUGACACACGUGUUAUUAAAAA